CCAUAAUCCACUGCGUUUCCUGUUCCGGAAGUAGCGGCCAGGCUGCGGCAAGUGAAUGAGGGGGCGCUGUGUGGAUGUCGUCCCAGAGGAGGAGCGCAGUCAUGCCCAUGGAGGUGAAAUGGCCGUUCCCCCAGUGCCCCCCGCUGGCCUGGAGGGUCACUAGCACUGUGGUGAUGGGGAUGGUGGGCUCUUACGCCUUCCUCUGGACCAAGUACAUGAACCACCUGAGCGUCCAUAACCACGAGACUCUGAUGCAGCUGGUGGACUCCCGACCCCCAGACACUCCCCUCAUCACCCUGAGCAACCACCAGUCCUGCAUGGACGACCCGCUGAUCUGGGGCAUCCUCCGGCUCAGACAGUUGUGGAACUUCAAAAACAUGCGCUGGACACCGGCUGCGUCAGACAUCUGCUUCACUAAAGAACUCUACUCAAAGUUCUUCAGUCGUGGGAAAUGUGUUCCUGUUGUGAGAGGUGACGGUGUUUAUCAAAAAGGCAUGGAUUUUGUCUUGGAGAAAUUAAAUAAUGGAGACUGGGUGCAUAUAUUUCCUGAAGGGAAAGUUAACAUGACAGAAGAAUUCAUUCGGUUAAAAUGGGGUGUUGGUCGACUCAUAGCGGAGUGUUCCCUAAACCCCGUAAUAUUACCUCUGUGGCACGUGGGUUUGAGUGACGUUCUGCCCAAUGAGAAGCCCUACAUACCUCAGACGGGAAAGAGGAUCACGGUUCUUGUGGGAAAUCCCUUCAGUGUUAAAGACCUGGUCGAAUCUCUCAGAGCUGAAAACAAGUCUCAGUUGGAGAUGAGGAAGACCUUAACAGACUUUAUUCAGGCGGAGUUUCGGAGUUUGAAACCGCGGGCUGAAGCUCUUCACAGACAGACACAAACUAACUCCUGAUUUUACAGAAAAACACAACUAUAUCUGAGAAUCAGGAAGGACAUUUUCUAAGGACAUGGAAUUGUUUGGUUAUUGUUUAUUACUGAUCACAAGUGCUGGGGCGAUGGUGGUGCAGUGGGCGCAGGGUUCACCCACUUACCAGAAGCUCACUGGUUCACACCUCGUCAGAACAUGUGCUGCUGUUGUGUCCCUCGUCAAGACAUCCUCUGAGUCCACUCCACAGCCAUAGCAUGUGGCUGGUUGAAACGGGAAGGGCAUCUGGGCUAAAAGGUUUACUGUAGAAACUCAAGUAACAAAGUCACAUUAGGACCAUGAUCAUAGAAAUCUGCCAAAUGAGAAACCCGACAUUCCUCACACUGAACCAUGAACAAAUGAACACUUGUAAACAAAUAAAUCUAGAGUUUGAAUGGUCAAAAUUC